CUCCCUCCCACUCUGUUUUCUCUUGUGUUAUCUCUUCGAGGAGAGAAAUGGCACGUGCGAGGAUUCGGGUGUUCCGUCGUCAGCCGGAGAUCGUUCUGUGGAGAAGAACGACGAGGAGGAAGGAGGAGAAGGUGUAGCAGACGGAUAGGCGGGGUUCCCGUGUCGUUUUGACGACUCGGAAGGUAUGUUCUCUCGUCUCAUUCAAAGAGACUGAGACCAUACUCGACGCCUGACAGCCGUCUGUGUUCAUGUCUUUCGUUGGCAAGCUCUGCAUUAGAACUUCCUUCAACCCUCCGUUGAUCACCCAACCUGAAGCAGUCCAAGGGCGAAGGCCUCCAGCGCAUAUAGAAUCAAUCUCCAGCACCACUAACCCGUUUGUGAAGCACUGCCUCAAGCUUCGUAAGAGCUCCAAGUACCGUUACUCCUCAGCCUCUGCCAUCGUCGUCGGAUUGACACCCAUCAGAGAAAUUUUUACGUUCCAUGGGAUAAAGAACAAGGAAAGAGAUAUAUUGGAUUGUCUUCUUCUUCUGGAUGAUGCUGGAAUACCAACAGAGUUAGUAGAGGCUUUUGAUCGUUUGGUUAAUGUUAGCGCUGGUGUAAUGAGAAAAAUUGCUGGUGUUCAAUCCACAGAAUCCACUAAAGCUGCGGCUCUUUUGAGGAUACCUGCCAGUUUCUGUGACAUUCACAACAAUGAAGGCAGUUCUGAUUUCCAAAGGUUAUUUCCAACAUUAAACAGAUUGCUGGUCUUGGAUGGUAUUCAGGACCCUGGAAAUCUUGGCACGUUAUUGAGAACUGCCAUGGCUUUUGGUUGGGAUGGAGUGUUUUUGCUUCCUGGUUGCUGUGAUCCAUUCAAUGAUAAAGCCAUCCGUGCAUCGAGGGGAUCGUGUUUUCAAAUUCCAAUAGUUUCUGGAGAUUGGGUGCAUUUGGAGUCACUGAAAAGCAGGUUUAAGAUGAAGAUGUUGGCAGGCCAUCCAGAAAACUCAGGCUAUGAGAAAACCUCGGUUUCACUCUCUCCUGAGUUUAAAUUCGUUUGGGAGGAUAAACCUUUGGCUUUAGUUGUAGGAAGUGAAGGACAUGGACUGUCGGAGGAAUCAAAGACUGUUUGUGAAUUGAUAAGCAUUCCCAUGGCAGGGGGUUAUGAGUCCCUAAAUGUCUCUGUUGCAGGCGGAAUUUUCCUCUUCAUGUUGCAAGCUAGGAAGCAUAGAACUUACUAAUGUUUGGAAAAAACAUAAAUUCUAGUGACCAA